AUGAAAUCAAUUCUACAAUUACUAAUUCUCUCUAUCGUCUGCUUAUCAAAUGUGGAAUGUCUUAACUUCGAUAUACAAGCUUACAAAGAACCUGAACCAUUCUGUGUCAGAGAUUUUGCAAGAGAAGGUCAAUUAGUCAACAUCGAGAUCGACUCGAAUGGUAAAAUUGGUGAUGGACAAGAAUUAUCAGUCUAUGUUCGUGAUUCAAUUGGUAAUGAGUACAGAAGAAAGAAAAAUUUCGACGGUAGUAUUAGAGUAGCUUUCAACUCUCCACAUGAUGUACAUUUUGACGUUUGUUUUGAAAAUAUAUUCACUGACCCAACGAAUAGCAAACCAAACUCAUUACGUAGAACCAUCGAUCUAGAUAUCGAAAGUGGUUCUGAAGCCAGAGAUUGGAAUAAAAUAAGUGCAUUGGAAAAACUGAAACCAAUUGAUUUGGAAUUACGCAAAAUCGAAGAACUAGCAGAUGAGUUGGUCGAAGAGUUAUCUUAUAUGAAGAUAAGAGAAGCCAAAUUAAGAGAUACAAACGAAUCAACAAAUACCAGAGUUAAAAAUUUUUCAUUUUUAAUAAUCAUUGUAUUAAUAACUCUAGGUUCUUGGCAAUUAUCUUAUUUGAAAUCAUAUUUCAAAGCUAAAAAUAUCUUAUAA